ACCCGAGCGGUUCCCAUAGCCCCGGCGCUCGCUCAGAUGUGUUAAGAUGAAACACUUCAGAUAGGCCUUCUGAUCAAGAAAAGGAAAACAGAACAUUACAGACUCUGGAAAAAACAACUUGGUGUUUUAGAUGCUAUUCUGGAAAAAUUUUAGUGAUGGAUCAAAGGAAGAAUGAGAGUAUUGUUCCUAGUAUCACUCAACUAGAAGAUUUUCUUACAGAACACAAUUCCAAUGUUGUUUGGCUCCUUGUUGCUACUAUUUUGUCUUGUGGAUGGAUUAUUUAUCUCACAUAUUAUAAUUCUCGGAAUGUUGGUCUUAUUUUAACGCUGGUUCUUAACAGGUUAUACAAGCAUGGCUAUAUUCAUAUUGGUUCAUUUUCUUUCUCUGUUCUUUCUGGAAAAGUCAUGGUUCGUGAAAUCUAUUAUAUUACAGAAGACAUGUCUAUUAGAAUUCAGGAUGGAUUUGUAAUUUUUCGGUGGUGGAAAAUGUAUAAUCCAAAGCAGAAGCAACAUGAUCCAAAAGCAGAAACUAGAUUAUACAUCACAGUCAAUGACUUUGAAUUUCAUGUGUAUAAUCGUUCGGAUCUUUAUGGACAUCUUCAAGAAUUGUUUGGUUUGGAGCCAACAAUAAUUCCACCCAAGAAAGAAGAUGAUAAAACACGAGAAAAUGGAAGAGCAAGAACCCAGUCCAAAAUCGAAAGAGUUAAAGUAAAAACAGAAUCUCAAGACCCUACAUCUUCAUGGAGAUCACUUAUUCCUGUCAUAAAGGUCAAUGUGAGCACAGGGCGUUUGGCCUUUGGAAAUCAUUACCAACCUCAAACUCUGUGCAUCAACUUUGAUGAUGCUUUCUUAACUUAUACUACAAAACCACCUUCCAGUCAUCUUGACCAGUUCAUGCACAUUGUGAAAGGAAAGCUUGAAAAUGUUCGAGUCAUGCUUGUUCCUAGUCCAAGAUAUGUUGGUCUUCAAAAUGAUGAACCACCAAGAUUAAUGGGAGAAGGUUUUGUGGUGAUGCAGUCAAAUGAUGUUGACAUCUACUAUUACAUGGAUGAGCCAGGACUUGUUCCAGAAGAAACAGAAGAAAAUAUUGAAGGAGAAAUAAGCACUGAAGAUUGCAAAUUACAAGACUUGCCUCCAUGUUGGGGAUUGGAUAUAGUUUGUGGUAAAGGAACAGAUUUCAACUAUGGGCCAUGGGCUGAUAGGCAGAGAGAUUGUUUGUGGAAGUUCUUCUUCCCUCCUGAUUAUCAAGUUCUGAAAGUUUCUGAAAUUGCACAGCCUGGGAGACCAAGACAGAUCCUUGCUUUUGAACUACGAAUGAAUAUUAUUGCAGAUGCUACAAUUGACUUGUUGUUUACCAAAAAUAGGGAAACAAAUGCUGUACAUGUGAAUGUCGGAGCUGGUUCAUAUUUAGAAAUUAAUAUUCCAAUGACGGUUGAGGAAAAUGGUUAUACCCCUGCAAUUAAAGGACAACUCUUACAUGUUGAUGCCACUACCAGCAUGCAAUACCGGACUCUUUUAGAAGCGGAAAUGUUGGCAUUUCACAUCAAUGCCAGCUACCCCCGAAUAUGGAACAUGCCACAAACAUGGCAGUGUGAAUUAGAGGUUUAUAAAGCCACCUACCACUUCAUCUUUGCACAGAAGAAUUUCUUCACAGAUUUAAUUCAAGACUGGUCAAGUGAUAGUGCGCCAGACAUUUUUUCAUUUGUUCCAUAUACUUGGAAUUUUAAAAUCAUGUUUCAUCAAUUUGAAAUGAUUUGGGCAGCUAAUCAGCACAACUGGAUUGACUGUUCCACUAAACAACAGGAAAAUGUGUACCUGGCAGCCUGUGGGGAAACACUAAACAUUGAUUUUUCUUUGCCUUUUACGGACUUUGUUCCAGCUACAUGUAAUACCAAGUUCUCUUUAAAAGGUGAAGAAGUUGACCUUCAUUUGUUUCUACCAGAUUGCCACCCUAGUAAAUACUCAUUAUUUAUGCUGGUAAAGAAUUGCCACCCCAAUAAAAUGACUCAUGAUACUGGUAUUCCUGCUGAAUGUCAAAGUGGCCAGAAAACAGUUAAACCAAAAUGGCGGAACAUUACUCAAGAAAAGGCUGGUUGGGUUGAAUGCUGGACUGUCCCAAGUGUCAUGCUUACAAUUGAUUAUACAUGGCAUCCAAUUUAUCCACAAAAAGCAGAUGAACAGCUGAAACAGUCAUUGUCAGAAAUGGAAGAAACAAUGCUCUCUGUGUUAAGGCCAUCUCAGAAAACAGACAGAGUUGUUUCUUCUCCCUCUGCUUCUUCUCGUCCUCCUAUUGAUCCCUCAGAACUUCCACCUGAUAAACUUCAUGUAGAAAUGGAACUUUCUCCAGAUUCUCAGAUAACUCUCUAUGGACCUCUAUUAAAUGCCUUUCUGUGUAUUAAGGAAAACUACUUUGGGGAAGAUGACAUGUACAUGGAUUUUGAAGAGGUUAUUUCAAGUCCCGUUCUGUCCCUGUCAACAUCAUCCAGUUCUGGAUGGACUGCUGUUGGGAUGGAAAAUGACAAAAAAGAAAAUGAAAGUUCAGCAAAGUCAAUUCAUCCACUUACCUUGCGUCCUUGGGAUAUUACUGUACUUGUUAAUUUGUACAAAGUUCAUGGACGUCUUCCUGUUCAUGGAACAACUGAUGGUCCUGAGUGCCCUACAGCUUUUUUGGAAAGACUAUGUUUUGAGAUGAAAAAAGGAUUUAGGGAGACCAUGCUGCAACUUGUCCUGUCACCCCUGAAUGUGUUUGUCAGUGAUAACUAUCAGCAGCGACCGCCUGUGGAUGAAGUGCUCAGGGAAGGUCACAUCAAUUUGUCAGGUCUCCAACUGAGAGCACAUGCUAUGUUCUCAGCAGAAGGUCUUCCUUUGGGAAGUGAUUCCUUAGAAUACGCAUGGCUAAUUGAUGUGCAGGCUGGAAGCCUUACAGCUAAGGUCACAGCACCACAGCUGGCUUGUCUCUUGGAGUGGGGACAGACAUUUAUUUUUCAUGUGGUAUGUCGAGAGUAUGAACUGGAAAGACCAAAAUCAGUAGUAGUAUGUCAGCAUGGAAUUGAUCGACGCUUCUGUGAAUCCAAGUUGAGUUGUAUUCCUGGGCCUUGUCCAACCUCAGAUGACUUGAAGUAUACCAUGACUCGUUUAGCAGUAGAUGGAGCCGAUAUUUAUAUUGUGGAGCAUGGCUGUGCUACAAAUAUAAAGAUGGGUGCAAUUCGGGUUGCAAACUGUAAUCUCCACAAUCAGUCAGUUGGGGAAGGAAUAAGUGCUGCAAUUCAGGAUUUUCAAGUGAGACAAUACAUUGAACAGUUAAAUAAUUCCAGAGUUGGACUUCAGCCUGCAGUACUUCGGAGGGCCUAUUGGCUUGAAGCUGGGUCAGCCAACUUAGGACUUAUCACUGUUGAUAUUGCAUUAGCUGCUGAUCAUCAUUCUAAACACGAGGCCCAAAGACAUUUCUUAGAAACUCAUGAUGCCAGAACUAAGAGGUUGUGGUUUUUGUGGCCAGAUGAUACCCUGAAGAAUAAGAGGUGUAAGAACAAGUGUGGUUGUCUUGGUGGCUGCAGAUUCUUUGGUGGCACAGUAACUGGCCUAGAUUUCUUCAAACUUGAAGAGUUGACACCUUCCAGUAGUUCUGCAUUUUCAAGCACAAGUGCAGAGUCUGAUAUGUAUUAUGGACAGUCUCUGCUACAGCCUGGAGAAUGGAUUAUUACUAAAGAAGUUCCCAAGAUUGUAGAUGGUAAUGUGAAUGGCAUGAAGAGGAAAGAAUGGGAAAACAAAUCAGUGGGAACAGAAGUAGAGAGGAAAACUCAGCACCUUAGUCUUCAAGUACCAUUACGAUCUCAUAGCUCAUCCUCUUCCUCCGAGGAGAACAGUAGUUCCAGUGCUGCCCAGCCUCUCUUGGCUGGCGAAAAGGAAUUUUCUGAUUGCAAGAGUAAUUAAUACUAUUCAUUCCAGAUAUUAAGAAAAUACAGAAAAGUAUAACAAAAAUGAAUCAUCCCUACAGAAAUUUCAGGAAACAGCCCUGUAUCUCCUAAUACUCAGGAAAAGUCAGUAGGUCAGUCUCCUCUGAGAUCUCCCUUGAAACGACAAGCCUCUGUAUGUUCCACCCGACUUGGAAGUACCAAGAGCCUUACUGCUGCUUUUUAUGGGGACAAGCAGCCUGUUACAGUGGGAGUCCAAUUUAGCAGUGAUGUCUCCAGAAGUGAUGAAAAUGUACUAGACUCACCAAAGCAGAGGAGAAGUUUCGGUUCAUUUCCAUACACACCAUCAGCAGACUCUAAUUCAUUUCAUCAAUAUCGAUCAAUGGAUUCCAGCAUGUCAAUGGCUGAUAGUGAAGCCUACUUUUCUGCAGCUGAAGAAUUUGAGCCCAUUAGCAGCGAUGAAGGCCCUGGAACUUAUCCGGGUAGAAAAAAGAAGAAAAAGCAAGCCCAGCAGAUUGACUAUAGUAGGGGUUCCAUAUAUCACAGUGUGGAAGGACCACUUACUGGCCAGGGAGAAAGCAUUCAGGAUCCCCGGACUCUGCCAUUCAAAACUCAUCCUUCCCAGGCUUCCUUUGUUUCUGCAUUAGGUGGAGAGGAUGAUGUUAUAGAGCAUCUGUAUGUUGUAGAAAGUGAGAAAACAAUAGAAAGCGAACAGAUUACUUCUCAGCAACCUGUGAUGAAUUGCUAUCAGACUUACCUUACACAGUUCCAGGUAAUUAAUUGGUCAGUGAAGCAUCCAACCAACAAAAGAACCUCUAAGUCCUCACUGCAUCGCCCCCUUGAUCUGGAAACACCAACCAGUGAAGAAAGUUCAUCAUCAUUUGAACAGCUUUCUGUUCCAACUUUUAAGGUUAUCAAACAGGGGCUCACAGCUAACUCUUUACUAGACAGAGGAAUGCAACUUUCAGGAUCAACUUCAAAUACACCAUAUACUCCGCUGGAGAAGAAAGCUGUUGAUAACACUGAUGAUGAGACAUUAACAGAAGAGUGGACCUUGGAUCAGCCAGUCUCCCAGACUAGGACCACAGCCAUAGUUGAAGUAAAAGGAACUGUUGAUAUUGUUCUGACUCCCCUAGUGGCUGAAGCUUUAGACAGGUAUAUUGAAGCCAUGGUGCAUUGUGCUAGUACUCGUCAUCCAGCAGCAAUUGUGGAUGAUCUGCACGUCAAAGUCCUCAGGGAAGCUGUCCAAAACAGCAAGACUACCUUCUCAGAAAAUCUAUCUUCUAAGCAAGAUGUUAGAGGAACAAAAACUGAACACUCUACCAUAGGAAUGACUAAUCAAGGACAAGCACAGACAAAUCCUAUGAUGAAGCAAGAUAAUGUAACAAUUAAAGGUCUUCAGGCUAAUGUUAGCAUACCAAAGGUGAACUUAUGUUUGCUACAAGCCUCAGUAGAGGAAUCUGCAAAUACAGCUCCUAGUAGGAGUGUGACUCAUGUUUCCUUAGUAGCGCUGUGUUUUGACAGAAUUGCUACACAAGUUCGUAUGAACAGAGGUGUGGUUGAAGAGAGUUCAAACAGUGCCGACCCUGGUAAAACAUCAAAUUUUGAUAGGUACGUUCAUGCUACUAAGAUGCAGCCUCAGUCAUCUGGAUCUCUCAGAUCAAAUGCUGGAGUGGAAAAAGGCAAAGAGAUUGCAGCCAAGUUAAACAUUCAUCGAGUUCAUGGGCAACUGAGGGGUCUUGAUACAACAGAUAUUGGUACCUGUGCCAUCACUGCUAUUCCUUUUGAGAAAUCCAAAGUUUUAUUUACUCUUGAAGAGCUGGAUGAGUUUGCUUUUGUGGAUGAAACUGAUCAGCAAGCUGUUCCAGAUGUAACUCGAAUAGGUCCCAGCCAGGAAAAAUGGGGUUGGAUAAUGUUCGAAUGUGGACUUGAAAAUUUAACAAUAAAAGGAGGAAGACAGUCUGGUGCUGUUUUAUAUAACGCUUUUGGAAUUAUGGGUAAAGCUAAUGUCACAGAAAGGGGUGGAGUGCUGACAUCCAAUAAUUCUUCUGAUUCUCCAACUGGCAGUGGCUAUAAUACUGAUGUCUCUGAUGAUAAUCUUCCUUGUGACCGAACAAGCCCUUCUUCAGACUUAAAUGGAAAUUCUGUUUCUGAUGAACAAGAUGAAGGAGUUGAAUCUGAUGAUUUGAAAAAAGAUCUACCUCUAAUGCCUCCACCUCCAGAUUCAUGUAGCAUGAAGUUGACCAUCAAGGAAAUUUGGUUUAGUUUUGCAGCUCCCACCAAUGUGAGAUCUCCUGCACAUGCAUUUUCUAGGCAGCUGAACCUUUUAAGCACUGCAACUCCAGCUGUUGGUGCAUGGCUUGUUCCCAUUGAUCAACUCAAGUCGUCUUUAAACAAAUUAGAAACUGAGGGGACCUUGAGAAUUUGUGCUGUUAUGGGAUGCAUAAUGACAGAAGCAUUAGAGAAUAAAAGUGUACAUUUCCCCUUAAGAAGUAAAUAUAACAGACUUACAAAAGUUGCCCGCUUUCUCCAAGAAAAUCCUUCAUGUUUGCUGUGCAAUAUACUACAUCACUACCUUCACCAGGCAAAUUAUUCCAUCAUUGAUGACGCUACAAUGAGUGAUGGCCUUCCUGCUCUGGUAACUUUAAAGAAAGGUUUGGUUGCACUUGCAAGGCAGUGGAUGAAGUUUAUUGUGGUGACACCAGCCUUUAAAGGAGUUAGUUUACAUCGACCUGCUCAGUCCCUGAAACCUCAGUCAGCUGUGGACCAUGAACAUGAAGAUGGGCUUGGGCUGGACAAUGGAGGUGGUCUUCAAAGUGAUACCAGUGCUGAUGGAGCAGAAUUUGAAUUUGAUGCAGCCACAGUCAGCGAGCACACAAUGCUGCUGGAGGGGACAGCCAGCCGGCCUCCGCCUGGCAGCUCUGGGCCUGUGACUGGGGCUGAGAUCAUGAGGAAGCUUUCUAAGACCCACACCCAUAGUGACUCUGCACUAAAGAUAAAGGGCAUUCAUCCGUACCAUUCUCUGAGCUAUACCAGUGGUGACACUGCCACAGAUUCUCCAGUGCAUGUGGGACGUGCGGGAGUAUCGGUGAAGGAGAGUCCAAGGAAGGAAAGCCUACUCAGCUACCUGACCGGAAGUUUUCCAAGCUUGCACAACCUUCUGGAAGGGACCCCUCAGAGAAGCAGUGCAGCAGUGAAAAGUAGCUCCCUGACGAGAACAGGAAACACAAUGGCCUCUGAUAUGUUAUCUGAACACCCCUUGUUAUCUGAGCCAUCGUCUGUGAGUUUCUAUAACUGGAUGUCAAAUGCUGUGGGUAACCGAGGAAGUGUGGUACAGGAGUCUCCUGUCACAAAAUCAGGACACAACAGUCUCCCAACAGGUGUUGCACCCAAUCUUCCUACAAUACCCUCAGCCUCAGAUUUCAACACCGUCUUGUCUAGUGACCAGAAUACCUUGGAUGGGACACAUUCUCAGCACAGCACUAGUCAGGAUGAUGUGGCAGGUGUGGAAGAAGCCAACCAAGGUUUUCCUGCUGUACAACUUGCUGAUGCGCAGGUUGUUUUCAAACCUCUUCUGAGUCAUACAGGGAUCCAGUCACAGGACACAAUGCCACUCUGCUACCGAAUGUACUUCGGAGAACACCUCUCCUUUUCAGGGACUUUGGACUGCCUUAGAGCAGAUAUUGUGGAUUCAGACACGGCCAAGGAGAGAAAAGGCAAAAGAGCAAGAAGGCAAGGCCAUGUGAAUCUUCCUCCACUUGAGUUCAAACCAGCCUUGAUGUUGGAAACCUUUAGCAUCAGUGCUGUUGUAAUGGAAAAAUCCGUGUGCACCCCUCAGAACUCCACCAGUGCUCUUUCUUUUCAUGAUCUCAAUAAGCGUUAUUAUAAUACUUUUCACUGCAACUUUACUAUUUCCUGUCAAUCAAUAAGCCAGCAUGUAGAUAUGGCUUUAGUUCGUCUCAUUCAUCAAUUUAGUACAAUGAUAGACGACAUCAAAGCGACUCAGACUGACAUUAAACUUAGCAGAUAUACAGCUGGAUCAGCUUCCCCAACACCAACUUUCAAAACCAGAAAACACCGGGACUUCCGCUCAUCCGACUUCAGCCGCAGUUCUAGGGGAAGUCUUAACGGUGGCAAUAGAGUAAAUAAUACAAAGAACAAACGGACCAACAAUGAGAAUAACAAAAAGGAGUCUCGAAACAAAAAUUCAUUAGGAAGAUCUGAAAGAAGAACUUCAAAAGUGUCUAGGAAAGGUUCAAAAGACGUGGUGGAUCAUAUGACUAUCCACAUGGAUGACUCUGAUUCAAUUACAGUAUCAGAACAAAGUGAGCCUUCAGCUGAGUGCUGGCAGAAUAUGUAUAAAUUGCUUAACUUCUAUUCACUUAUCUCUGAUCCAACAGGAAUACUGGAAAAAUCUUCAGAAACAUUUGGACCAGCAGGAGUUCGGAGCCCCACAGAGCCGACAUGUAAAGUUGUGUUUGAGAAUGAACAAGACAAUACUAGUGUGACUAAGAGGAAACGUAGUUUGGUAACUGCUGAACCUCAGCAUGUUACUCUGAUAGUGUUUGGGAUUGGCAUGGUGAACCGCACACACCUGGAGGCAGACAUUGGUGGGCUAACAAUGGAAUCGGAACUGAAGCGGAUUCAUGGCAGUUUUACACUUAAGGAAAAAAUGAAAGAUGUUCUACAUCAAAAGAUGACUGAGACAUGUGCCACUGCUCAUAUUGGUGGGGUUAAUAUUGUGCUGCUUGAAGGGAUUACACCAAAUAUACAACUGGAGGAUUUUCCUACAUCUCCUACAAGCACAGCCAAACAAGAGUUUCUAACUGUAGUGAAAUGUAGUAUUGCCAAGUCCCAAGCCCUCUACAGUGCCCAGAGGGGACUGAAGACUAACAAUGCCGCCGUGUUCAAAGUAGGAGCUAUCAGCAUCAAUAUUCCCCAGCACCCUGCCACCUUGCACAGCAUGAUGGUUCGAAGUUCUCACCAACUAUCUAAGCAGAUCUCAGAUCUCAUCAGACAGCCUUCUACAGCCCCACAGCCUGUAAAAGAAGAUAUUGCAACCCCCCUACCUUCUGAAAAAACCCCAACAAGUGUUAAUCAAACUCCUAUUGAAACAAAUGAAUUUCCUCAACUACCAGAAGGUUUAGAGAAGAAGCCUAUCGUCCUUAAGUUCAGUGCCAUGUUAGAUGGUAUAGCCAUCGGAGCAGCACUUUUGCCAUCUCUGAAAGCAGAGUACAAGAUGGGACGAAUGAGAAGCCACGGAAUGACAGGUGCACAGACCAGGUUUACAUUUGAGCUGCCAAACCACAGAUUGCGUUUCACUUCAAAAGUUUCUGCCACAGAUAUGUCAACCAUUCCUCCUUCUGCCAGUCUUAACCUUCCUCCGGUUACUAUGUCAGGGAAAUAUAUAAUGGAAGAGCAUGAUAGUUACUCAGAUCAAGUGUGGAGUAUAGAUGAACUGCCUUCUAAACAAGGGUACUAUUUACAGGGAAAUUAUCUACGUUGUGUGGCAGAAGUUGGUUCCUUUGAACAUAAUCUUACAACUGAUCUUCUAAAUCACCUGGUAUUUGUACAGAAAGUAUUCAUGAAGGAAGUUAAUGAAGUAAUACAAAAAGUUUCUGGCGGGGAGCAGCCUAUUCCUCUUUGGAAUGAACAUGAUGGAACAGCGGAUGGAGAGAAGCCUAAAAUUCUACUUUAUUCUUUGAACUUGCAGUUUAAGGGUAUUCAGGUAACGGCCACAACUCCCUCAAUGAGAGCUGUAAGAUUUGAAACUGGGUUGAUUGAACUGGAACUUUCAAACAGACUUCAAACCAAAGCUUCACCAGGAAGCAGCAGCUAUCUGAAACUGUUUGGUAAAUGCCAAGUGGAUUUAAAUCUGGCUUUAGGACAGAUUGUCAAACAUCAGGUUUAUGAGGAAGCUGGUUCUGAUUUUCAUCAAGUUGCCUAUUUUAAAACUAGAAUUGGAUUAAGAAAUGCCCUGCGAGAAGAAAUCAGUGGUUCUUCAGAUAGGGAAGCUGUGCUUAUUACCUUGAAUCGACCAAUUGUUUAUGCACAGCCCGUGGCCUUUGAUAGAGCUGUGCUGUUUUGGCUGAAUUAUAAGGCUGCAUAUGACAACUGGAAUGAACAACGAAUGGCUUUACAUAAAGAUAUUCAUAUGGCUACAAAGGAAGUGGUAGAUAUGCUGCCUGGUAUCCAGCAAACGUCAGCCCAGGCAUUUGGGACUCUCUUCCUGCAGCUCACUGUCAAUGAUCUGGGAAUUUGCCUGCCUAUCACGAAUACUGCACAGUCUAAUCACACUGGAGACCUUGACACUGGUUCUGCCUUAGUACUGACCAUUGAAAGUACUCUCAUCACUGCUUGUUCUUCAGAAUCUCUAGUCAGUAAAGGGCAUUUCAAAAACUUUUGUAUCCGUUUUGCUGAUGGCUUUGAGACGUCAUGGGAUGACUGGAAACCAGAAAUUCGUGGGGACCUAGUAAUGAAUGCCUGUGUAGUUCCAGAUGGUACCUAUGAAGUAUGUUCCAGGACUACAGGACAAGCAGCUGCUGAAAGCAGUAGUGCUGGAACCUGGACACUCAACGUAUUGUGGAAAAUGUGUGGGAUUGAUGUCCACAUGGAUCCUAACAUUGGAAAAAGACUGAAUGCUCUGGGUAACACCCUUACAACCCUGACAGGAGAAGAAGACAUAGAUGACAUUGCUGAUCUAAAUUCAGUGAAUAUAGCUGACUUGUCAGAUGAGGAUGAAGUUGAUACUAUGUCUCCCACUAUCCAUACUGAAGCUAUAGAUUAUCGAAGACAAGGAGCAUCUGGUAGCCAGCCAGGAGAACUCAGAGGAAGAAAAAUUAUGAAGCGUAUAGUAGAUAUCCGAGAAUUGAAUGAACAGGCCAAAGUAAUAGAUGAUCUUAAAAAAUUAGGUGCAAGUGAAGGAACUAUAAACCAGGAAAUUCAGCGUUAUCAACAGUUAGAAUCUGUUGCUGUGAAUGAUAUUAGAAGAGAUGUUCGUAAAAAGUUACGGAGGUCCAGUAUGCGAGCUGCUUCUCUAAAGGAUAAGUGGGGUUUGGGUUACAAACCAAGUUACAGCAGAUCGAAGAGCAUUUCAGCUUCUGGAAGACCACCUCUUAAGCGAAUGGAAAGGACAAGUUCUCGAGUAGGAGAAACCGAGGAGCUCCCAGAAAUUCGUGUGGAUGCAGCAUCUCCUGGACCCAGAGUCACUUUCAAUAUCCAAGAUACAUUUCCAGAGGAGACAGAGUUGGACCUCUUGUCAGUAACCAUUGAAGGUCCUUCCCAUUACUCAUCAAAUAGUGAAGGGUCAUAUUCCGUGUUCAGUUCUCCCAAAACUCCAGGAGGCUUUUCACCAGGCAUUUCUUUCCAGUCUGAAGAGGGUCGACGGGAUGACAGUUUGUCUUCUACCAGUGAAGAUUCUGAGAAAGAUGAAAAGGAUGACGACCACGAGAGGGAAAGGUUUUAUAUUUACAGGAAACCCUCACAUACAUCUCGUAAAAAAGCAACAGGCUUUGCUGCUGUUCAUCAGCUAUUUACAGAACGCUGGCCAACAGCCCCAGCCAACAGAAGUCUUAGUGGCACAGCUACAGAGAGAAAUAUUGACUUUGAACUUGAUAUUCGAGUUGAAAUUGAUAGUGGAAAAUGUGUGCUCCACCCAACCACCCUUCUACAAGAACAUGAUGAUAUAAGCUUGAGAAGGAGUUACGACAGAAGUUCCAGGAGUUUAGAUCAAGAAUCUCCUUCCAAAAAGAAGAAGUUUCAAACUAAUUAUGCCUCUACCACCCAUUUAAUGACUGGCAAGAAAGUUCCAUCAUCUCUACAAACAAAGCCCAGUGACUUAGAAACAACAGUAUUUUAUAUUCCUGGAGUUGAUGUAAAGUUGCAUUACAAUUCCAAGACUCUAAAGACCGAAUCACCUAAUGCCUCCAGAGGAUCUUCCUUGCCACGAACACUCUCUAAAGAGUCCAAGCUGUAUGGUAUGAAAGAUAGUGCAACAUCUCCUCCUUCUCCUCCUUUACCUUGCACUGUCCAGAGCAAGACUAACACCUUACUUCCUCCCCAACCCCCACCUAUUCCCUCAGCCAAAGGAAAAGGAAGUGGAGGAGUAAAAACAGCCAAGUUAUAUGCCUGGGUAGCACUUCAGUCAUUGCCAGAAGAAAUGGUAAUCAGUCCCUGCCUAUUAGACUUUCUGGAAAAGGCUCUGGAAACUAUCCCAAUUACACCAAUUGAAAGGAAUUAUACAACUGUCAGCUCUCAAGAUGAAGAUAUGGGACAUUUUGAAAUACCAGAUCCUAUGGAAGAAUCAACAACAUCACUAGUAUCAUCUUCAACAUCUGCUUACUCUUCCUUCCCUGUAGAUGUUGUGGUUUAUGUACGAGUUCAGCCCUCACAGAUCAAGUUUAGCUGUUUACCAGUGUCAAGAGUAGAAUGCAUGCUAAAGCUGCCAUCCCUGGAUUUGGUGUUUUCGUCAAACCGAGGCGAACUGGAGACUUUAGGGGCUGCAUAUCCUGCAGAGACCUUAUCCCCUGGAGGUAGUGCUCCUCCAAGCGGAACAAAAACCUCCUCGAGCAAAACUGGAGUACCAGGUUCAUCAGGAUUAGGCAGCCCUCUUGGCAGAAGUCGACAUAGUAGUAGUCAGUCAGAUCUGACCAGUUCCAGCAGCAGUUCCUCUGGGCUGAGCUUCACUGCAUGCAUGUCUGACUUUUCCCUUUAUGUAUUUCAUCCAUAUGGAGCAGGGAAACAAAAAACCGCUGUUUCUGGCCUUACACCUGGAUCAGGAGGAUUAGGGAAUGUAGAUGAAGAACCCACUUCAGUCACUGGUCGAAAAGACUCACUCAGUAUAAAUCUCGAGUUUGUAAAAGUGAGUUUGUCUCGGAUAAGGCGUUCUGGAGGUGCCUCAUUUUUUGAAAGUCAGUCUGUAAGCAAGUCUGCAAGCAAAAUGGAUACUACACUAAUAAAUAUAUCUGCUGUUUGUGAUAUAGGGUCUGCUUCCUUUAAAUAUGACAUGCGCCGCCUCAGUGAAAUUCUGGCAUUUCCAAGAGCCUGGUAUAGGAGGAGUAUUGCAAGACGCCUAUUCCUUGGAGACCAAACUAUCAAUUUGCCAACAUCUGGCCCAGGGACACCUGAUUCCAUUGAAGGUGUAAGCCAACACCUUUCUCCCGAAUCAUCAAGAAAAGCUUAUUGCAGGACGUGGGAGCAGCCUAGUCAGUCAGCCUCCUUCACCCACAUGCCUCAGUCACCUAAUGUGUUCAAUGAGCAUAUGACGAGCAGCACCAUGUCACCAGGGACAGCAGCACAGAGCCUAAAAUCCCCAGCUUCCAUAAGGUCAAGGAGUGUGUCCGAUUCUUCAGUUCCCCGAAGAGAUUCACUUUCAAAAACAUCAACUCCUUUUAACAAAUCAAACAAAGCAGCAAGCCAACAAGGGACCCCAUGGGAAACACUUGUCGUGUUUGCUAUCAACUUGAAGCAAUUAAACGUUCAAAUGAAUAUGAGUAAUGUAAUGGGAAAUACAACCUGGACAACUAGUGGUUUGAAGAGCCAAGGCCGCCUGUCAGUAGGAAGUAAUCGAGAUCGAGAAAUAAGCAUGUCUGUUGGUCUGGGAAGAUCACAGUUAGAUUCUAAAGGAGGAGUAGUUGGAGGAACUAUAGAUGUAAAUGCUUUGGAGAUGGUUGCUCAUAUUUCUGAACAUCCAAACCAGCAACCCAGUCACAAAAUUCAAAUUACUAUGGGUUCUACGGAAGCUCGUGUGGAUUACAUGGGCUCAAGUAUUCUCAUGGGUAUUUUCAGUAAUGCUGACCUCAAACUUCAAGAUGAAUGGAAAGUAAAUCUGUAUAACACACUGGAUUCAAGCAUGACUGAUAAAAGUGAAAUUUUUGUCCAUGGAGAUCUGAAGUGGGAUAUUUUCCAAGUAAUGAUAUCAAGAUCAACUACACCAGACCUGAUAAAAAUAGGAAUGAAGCUCCAGGAAUUUUUCACUCAGCAGUUUGACACCAGCAAACGAGCUCUGUCUACCUGGGGACCAGUUCCUUAUCUUCCACCUAAGACAAUGACUAAUAACCUAGAGAAAAGUUCACAAGAACAAUUGCUCGAUGCAGCGCAUCAUCGACAUUGGCCUGGAGUAUUGAAGGUGGUAUCAGGGUGCCACAUAUCCUUAUUUCAGAUUCCGUUACCUGAAGAUGGAAUGCAGUUUGGAGGAUCAAUGAGCUUACAUGGAAAUCACAUGACACUAGCUUGUUUUCAUGGCCCAAAUUUCCGUUCAAAAUCCUGGGCCCUUUUUCAUUUAGAGGAACCAAAUAUUGCUUUUUGGACUGAAGCUCAGAAAAUAUGGGAAGAUGGCUCUAGUGAUCACUCUACAUAUAUUGUACAAACACUGGAUUUUCAUCUGGGCCAUAAUACCAUGGUUACCAAACCAUGUGGUGCAUUGGAAAGUCCUAUGGCAACAAUAACCAAGAUAACCAGGCGUCGCCAUGAAAAUCCACCCCAUGGAGUAGCAAGUGUGAAAGAAUGGUUCAAUUAUGUUACGGCCACAAGGAAUGAAGAGCUAAACCUGCUUCGUAAUGUUGAUGCUAAUAACACUGAGAAUAGCACAACAGUGAAGAAUUCUAGUUUGCUCAGUGGAUUUAGAGGAGGUUCUAGCUACAAUCAUGAAACAGAGACAAUCUUUGCACUACCAAGAAUGCAGCUUGACUUUAAAUCCAUUCAUGUUCAAGAACCACAAGAACCUUCAUUACAGGAUGCCAGCCUGAAGCCAAAGGUAGAAUGCAGUGUGGUGACAGAGUUCACUGACCACAUCUGUGUGACGAUGGAUGCUGAGCUCAUCAUGUUUCUUCAUGAUUUAGUGUCAGCUUAUCUUAAAGAAAAAGAAAAAGCUAUUUUUCCACCUCGGAUUUUAUCUACUCGACCAGGACAGAAAAGUCCAGUUAUCAUUCAUGAUGAAAAUUCCUCUGACAAAGACAGAGAAGACAGCAUCACUUACACUACUGUGGACUGGAGAGAUUUUAUGUGCAAAACGUGGCAUCUAGAACCCACUCUUAGAUUAAUUUCUUGGACUGGAAGAAAAAUUGACCCAGUAGGCGUUGAUUAUAUUCUUCAAAAAUUGGGCUUUCAUCAUGCCAGGACUACUAUUCCUAAAUGGCUUCAAAGAGGAGUCAUGGACCCACUGGACAAGGUUCUGUCAGUUCUUAUUAAAAAACUCGGUACUGCACUACAGGAUGAAAAGGAAAAGAAAGGAAAAGACAAAGAAGAACACUAAACAGUAACUUAAUCUGUGAACAAGCUUUGAUUCUGUCCGUUAAGCUUUAUUACACUGGAGUGUUGGGGGUGGGUGGGUUUGUAUAAUAAAAUUAUUUUAAAUAUAACUUUAAAAAAUUUAAUUUUGUGGCCAUUAUAUUAAGUUUGUAACUUAACCUGUUUAUUCUAGUUCAACCAUUCUGUACACAGUGAAGUAUUGCAUGAUAAUGUAAAUUUUGUGAAAAACUAGAUUAAAAUAUACAAAUCUGUUCAGUAAGGUUUAUAAUUAUAUUAUGUGCAAUAUGAUUCCUGCAUCUUUAAAAUAUUUUCAGAAUAACUGUGAAUUUCCUUUAUUAUUGGCCAUAACUUUAGAAAAAAUCUUGUUGAUACUGUGAGGGGUUUUUUUUGGACAUUAAUUACUUUUUCUUUUUUAUUUUAAACAUAGACUUGUAUAAAUACUUAUUGUAUAUAGUUUGAGUAACUGUGAUAUGAAUAAAUACCACUAAAGUAUUGUUUGUAACUACUGUAAUAAAGUCACAAUAAUUGAUUUCA